UCCUCCAGUCACAAACGGCCAUCUACAUCAAGUAACUCCUCCUCCGCAAGUCGGUGGCUUGCGAGGACUGUCUUCCUAGAAUACUGUGUGCUAGCUAUCCUCUUUACUUCAAUUUGUAGUCAAAGAGAAAUUGCCAUCAUGUUCACGCUUUCUGAAGUCAUUGUUUUAGUGGCAAUGUUGUCCACCACAGCAUCCGGAUACUUCGUUAGCAUAGACGCUCAUGCCGAAGAGUGCUUUUUCGAACGGGUCAACUCCGGCACCAAGAUGGGCCUAAUGUUUGAGGUUGCAGAGGGAGGCUUCCUGGACAUCGAUGUGGAGAUUACUGGCCCGGAUGGGAAGCAGAUAUAUAAGGGAGACCGAGAGUCCAGUGGGAAGUAUUCUGUUGCUGCCCAUAUGGACGGCACAUACAAGUUCUGCUUCAGUAACAAGAUGUCAACUAUGACUCCCAAAAUAGUCAUGUUCACCAUCGAUAUCGGAGAGGCACCGAAAGGUGACAUCAUGGAGACGGAAGUUGGUGGUGACACCUGGGAUGUCCAUCAAAACAAACUGGAGGAGAUGAUCAACGAGCUGGCUGUGGCCAUGACUGCUGUCAAGCAUGAGCAGGAAUACAUGGAGGUCCGCGAGAGGAUACACAGAGCCAUCAACGACAACACAAACAGCCGAGUGGUGCUAUGGUCUUUCUUCGAGGCGCUGGUCUUGGUUGCCAUGACGUUGGGACAGAUUUACUACCUGAAGAGAUUUUUCGAAGUGCGGAGAGUCGUGUAAAAGUUUGGUUUUACAUGUAAGAUUUUUUUACUCCAAAAGUGUCCCCCCCAUCAACUGGUACCAUUUGCAGAAAAAAAAUGAAAAUGGUCCAUAGCCAUGCCGCAAGAUUGGAAAUUGUCCGGACCCCAGGAAAAGGUGUCUUUCCCCACCUUCCGCUCUCUCUCCGUCUGAAAUAAAAAAUGUUUUUCUUUUUGUUGCCCAUGUUACUUUUUAGUAGUCACCCCGUUAGCACUGUUAAGAAGAAAAAAAACUGUCCUCCAACCCUUGUUUUGAAGACUAACUUUCAGCUGUGAUGGAGUGAUAUUUUUUCAUGUUGUCACUAUUUUAUUAGUCAAGAAUGUCAUGAAUGUGAGGGAUACUGUAUCUUUUGCUACAACUGCGGGCGGGCGGGUGGGUUGGGGAGGGUAGGGUCUGCAGAUAUUAUGUGGACUUGGAACGUGCACUGUGGGAAAUGGCAUCAUUUUAAAGACAUUCAAUUUUAAUUGUUUAGUUAAGGAAGAGCAAUAUGUAGGGUGUGGGCGGGGGUGGGUUAUUAGUGUAAAUCCUGCUUUUUCUUUAUGUGUUCGCUCUUUUUCACAAUGCCAUUUGUGCCAUCAGGCAUGACUCUCUGUCGGUUUCAACAGGCUUGCGAAAAGGUGACUUUGCCAUCACUGGUCAACGGGGGUUCGCAAACGUCAGGAUGAGUUCCGGUUGGUUUCUCCAAACUCCAUGUGCAACGCUUUGAUAUGUCCUUAGAAUCCAGCCAUUCAAACCCCAACUUGACCUCUCGAGUUUAAAUUCAAAGGAAACGAUGGCAACUUUGAGUUAAAAAGCUCGGCUCACAAAGGCACAUCCCGCAUACACUUUGAAUCAUUUGUGGUCUGUGAAGCUGGGAACUUGGCUUUUCUUUAGCUUGGUUUUUUUUUUUUGCUUUUUUUUUUUUUUUUUACUGGGGUGAGAAGUACAAUAGUGUGGACACACUGGGAUGUAGAUGACUAACUGCUUGAGCCUCAGUAUGGAACCAUGAAAAGGCAAAUUUAUCCAACUGUAAUUUUGUACAAAUUUUAAGUUUAUUUCAAUAUAUGUGUGGGGGAAGCUAUGUUUUCUCUGUUUGUGUUGGGGAAAAGAGAGUUGUUUUGGUUGAACGGGAAGGAACAAAUCCUUGGAAUUGAUGCUCAUCUAAAGUUGUCAAGGUGUGAAGUUCAAACAUGACCUGGCUUUAAUUGGGGAAA